AUGCAAGAAAAUACCGCAGCUGCCAAAGAAAACAUACCACAUGUUAGCAGGAAAAUUCACUGGCUCACAAUUAGUCAUAUCAGGCUGUUCUGUCUCUACCUGAGACUGAACCUCUCGCGAAGAGACCGUUCUGGAGAGAUUUAUUUCUUCUGCCCUCUUACAGUGAACGCGCUUGAGGAAGGCUGGGAAUUUAUCCUUGACUCCGAAGGCCCACAGAGUGAUAAGAACCAUAUCUUCGCCGCGCAUUACCUCGUUUUUCCUAUCGUGACUUAUGAAAAUGAUCAUUGGUUUACAGUUAUCGUGUCAAGCCCCGGUGGGCUUGCCAGUGGGGAGACGCCUACGGUGUAUAUUCUGGACUCUUCCUGGUUUGAUUGGAAGAAGGAGAAGCUCUACCAGCCUAUCAAACAGGUUAUUAUUCGAGCUAUAGGUAGUUUAAACGCAAACCAGAGGGGCAUGAUUCGGUUUUACGAAGCUACAGAAGGGACGCUUCCCCAACAGUCGAAGCAGUUGUGCGGCUACUACCUGAUGUUAUACUUGGAGCUUCUGGCCGCUGAUCCAGAUGCUCUACUAAAAAGGGUGAGGGAUUUCAACACCGCUAAAACCAGGAUGGAUUAUCUAUUUGAGCCUGGGAAGAUGGACGGCGAACUAGUUGAGCGAUUUGCGGAGCUGAUUCAAGAGUUUCAGCAUGCUGAAAGGAAGCAGGGCCGCCUGGUUACCGAAUCUGGUCGUCUAAUGUUUGAUGGUGAUCUAGGGUACCUGGCACGCGGUGUGAGCUUAACUUGA